AUGCCAAUCUGCACAAUCCACCUCCUCUCUCUCACACCAAACAUCCCCCUCUCCCAAUUCCUCACUACCAUCCACACAAAAACCUCCCUCAAACCCCUCACCAUCGCCCGAGUAAUCCGCUGGAUAAUCCUCCCAACAAGCAUCUCCAUAUCAGAACUUCUAGCCCAGAACAUACAACUGCUCCACCCCGCCCCAUCCGACAUCCCGCCCCUAACAGGCUUCCUCACCACCCCGCUUCUCACACCCACCUCCCAAGAUCUCACCCUCUCCGGCCCCCUUCGCUCCUGGAUCACCUCAUCUUCCGCCCCCACCGGCGCGGUCUCCAUGCUAAAUCUGCUCUCCUUCCUCCCUGGCAAAAAAGACCAGUACCUAAAAUACGGCGCCGAGUUCGCCGCGUCGAUAGGCAGCAGAAGAGGUGGCACGGCGAAGAUCGUAGGUAGUGUCAUAGGAGAGGGAGAGCUGAAGGAGUGGGAUGAGAUUGCGCUGGCGCAUUAUCCUAGUCUGGCCCAUUUUGCGGAUAUGCUUACGGGUGAAGAUUAUCAGGAGGUCAAUCGGAAGUAUAGGGUGGGUAGUUUGAGAGAUACCUGUAUUUUGUGUACGAGUGAGCUUGAGUUGGAUGCGGGAGGCGGAGGCGGCGGGGCGAAAUUGUAA